AGCUGGCCAAUGCUAAUGAGCGAGUUGCCAGGCGAGACAGGAACUUCUUUCCCCUUCUCUGUGUCAGGAUCGCAGAAAUUAUGCCCCUUCUCUCACCAUGAGCUGGCUCUCCAGUUCCCAGGGAGUGGUGCUAACAGCCUACCACCCCAGCGGCAAGGACCAGGCCGUGGGGGACAGCCAUGCAAAGGGAGGGGAGGAAGCCACCUCGAGUCGCAGAUAUGGCCAGUACACUAUGAACCAGGAAAGCACCACCACCAGAGUUAUGGAGAAGCCUCCAUUUGAUCGAUCAAUUUCCCAGGAUUCUUUGGAUGAACUGUCUAUGGAAGACUAUUGGAUAGAACUAGAAAACAUCAAGAAAUCUAGUGAAAACAGACAAGAAGAUCAAGAGGUGGUUGUCGUCAAAGAACCUGAUGAGGGAGAAUUGGAAGAAGAGUGGCUUAAAGAGGCCGGUUUGUCCAAUCUCUUCGGAGAGUCUGCUGGAGAUCCGCAGGAAAGCAUGGUGUUUUUAUCAACAUUGACCCGGACCCAGGCAGCAGCAGUUCAGAAGCGAGUAGAGACGGUCUCCCAGACCUUGAGGAAGAAAAACAAACAGUACCAGAUUCCUGACGUCAGAGACAUAUUUGCUCAACAGAGAGAAUCGAAAGAAACAGCUCCAGAUGACACUGAAUCGCAGUCACUUAGAACAAAUGAAAACAAAUACCAAGGAAGAGAUGAACAGGCAUCUAACCUUGUUGGUGAAGAGCAGCUGAUCCCACCUGAGGAGACACCUGCCCCUGAAACAGACAUCAACCUGGAGGUAUCAUUUGCCGAGCAAGCACUCAAUCAGAAAGAGGGCUCCAAGGAGAAAAUCCAGAAGAGCAAAGGCGAUGAUGCCACGUUACCUAGUUUCAGAUUGCCAAAAGACAAAACGGGUACCACAAGGAUUGGUGACCUCGCACCUCAGGACAUGAAGAAAGUUUGCCAUUUAGCUCUGAUUGAGCUGACUGCCCUCUAUGAUGUAUUGGGUAUUGAGCUGAAACAACAAAAGGCUGUGAAAAUCAAAACAAGAGAUUCUGGUCUUUUUUGCAUUCCAUUGACAGUGCUAUUAGAACAAGAUCAGAGGAAAGUGCUAGGAACUCGAAUACCCUUGAUCUUUCAAAAACUAAUUUCUCGAAUUGAAGAGGGAGGUUUGGAAACCGAAGGCCUCUUACGAAUCCCUGGAGCUGCCAUUAGAAUCAAGAAUCUUUGCCAAGAACUAGAAGCAAAGUUUUAUGAAGGGACUUUUAAUUGGGAAAGUGUCAAACAGCAUGAUGCCGCCAGCCUGCUGAAGCUCUUCAUUCGGGAGUUGCCUCAGCCAUUGCUCAGUGUGGAGUAUCUCAAAGCCUUUCAGGCUGUCCAGAAUCUUCCAACCAAGAAGCAGCAGCUACAGGCUUUGAACCUUCUUGUCAUCCUCCUACCUGAUGCAAACAGGGACACACUGAAGUUCAGCUAUGUGCCAUCCCUGCUUCAUUCUCCAGCACCAAGGUCCUUAGUAGAAGCAAAUUUCCACCUCAGGGAGCGUCAACCAAAUGGAGAAGUCUUGGCCCUUCUUGAAUUUCUCCAAAGAGUAAUAGAUAAUAAAGAAAAAAAUAAAAUGACAGUCAUGAAUGUAGCAAUGGUCAUGGCCCCGAAUCUCUUUAUGUGUCAUGCGUUGGGAUUGAAGUCCAGUGAACAGCGAGAAUUUGUAAUGGCAGCUGGGACAGCAAAUACCAUGCACUUAUUGAUUAAGUAUCAAAAACUUCUGUGGACAAUUCCCAAGUUUAUUGUAAACCAAGUGAGGAAGCAAAACACGGAAAAUCAUAAAAAGGAUAAAAGAGCCAUGAAGAAACUGCUGAAGAAAAUGGCUUAUGACCGAGAUAAAUAUGAAAAGCAAGAUAAGAGUACAAAUGAUGCUGACGUUCCUCAGGGAGUGAUUCGAGUGCAAGCUCCCCAUCUUUCGAAAGUUUCCAUGGCAAUACAGCUAACUGAAGAACUAAAAGCCAGUGAUGUACUUGCCAGGUUUCUCAGCCAAGAAAGUGGGGUUGCCCAGACUCUCAAGAAAGGAGAAGUUUUUUUGUAUGAAAUUGGAGGAAAUAUUGGGGAACGCUGCCUUGAUGAUGACACUUACAUGAAGGAUUUAUAUCAGCUUAACCCAAAUGCUGAGUGGGUUAUAAAGUCAAAGCCAUUGUAGAAGACUUAACAAGCUGCAGAUACCCACGUGGACUUCUGUAAUAAUUCUUGCUGAGUCAAGAGUGUAAAUAAAAGAAGUGGCAGGACUCUUAUCAUUCAGUUGUACCCAACUAUUUAAAAAUGACUCUCUCAAGCCUUAAAAAGUCAUAGAUUUGUGCUGCUGCCAGAAUUAUAUUAAUUAUUAUUAAUGUUAUUAUUAGAAAAAAAAUUUCUGGAGUGAGAGUGAAGAGGCUUAAUUAGCUUAUGGGCAGUUUUCAUAUGCUCUGUGAAAUGUGUCCAGAUGUGACAUAGUUGUUUUUUUUUAAUAUGUGAAAAUGUAUUCUCUUCCCACUCUUUUCUCCUAAACUCAUGUAUACUGUAAUAUAUGCUCUCUCCCCUCUAUUACCUCCUCACAUCUGCCCUUUCCCAGUUAGGUUUGCUUUUUGACCAAAAAGAUAACGAAUACCAGGUAUGGCAAGUUGUGAAGACAGCACAUUAAAACAUACCUAAUUUCACAGUAUUCCUGUCACGACAGAAUGUUAGUAUUCAUCUCUUUGAAUCAUUUGCUCAAAUAAUAACGUUCCACCUUUUCCUGCUGUAUCACAGGAGGUGAUUUGCAUUUUUUUUCAGUUCAUCUGACUUAUGUUCACAGAAUUGUAUCAGCGAUCAAGAAAAUAGGACUGUCAGAAGCUGCCAGUUAUUACUGAACCAUUAAAUACUUCUAUACUAAGAAUAAAUAAAAUAUACCCAUGUGAAAUAAUAACUGGAUUAUGGAUAACAAGAGAGUGAAAGCCAAAGCACUUUCUGUCUACUGUACUCUUCUAAAUGGAAUUUUAAAAGUCAUAGCUGGCUUUACGUGUUGUCAUAUUAGCAUUAUAAAUAUGCAUGAUAGUAUAAUCCAGUAAUGGUUGAAGAAAGUAUUUUACUUAAAGAGGGAUUUUUUUUUAAACUCCUGAAUAAGUCUACUGGAAGAGUUAUUCUUCUGAGUGAACAAGCUUUUGUUUGUGUUCUUAUUUUAAAUAAUAGGAGUCAAUUUAUUAAAAUAUUGUCAAAAGCCUAUUCCCAGGGAUUUUAAUGCACAAACCAUAUUGUGACAAGAGAUGAGCCUCUGUAUUGUAAAUAAGAGAAAUGAAGUAGAGAAAUGUUAAAUAUUUUAUGAGUUUAGAAUGUAGUAAAUAAAAGGUGAUGUAAAUGAAUGCUGCACAAACGGUGUUUAUGAUACUUUUAGUAGUACUUUAGGAAAAAUUACACUUUCUCAGAAGCUCUUGAUGUCUCUAAUUAAGGGGGGGAAUGGUGUUAAUGAGAACAGUCAUAAAUUUUUAGCAUAUAAUUACAAGAACAGCCGGUGGAUAUGAUCACUUAAAUAAUUUUGUGGUGAUUCGUGCCAUUGCUUUUUUUAUUUAAAAGAAAAUUUUGUAAUUAAAUGCCUUUUUCUAAAUUAUCUUCUCUUGGAAUCAUUACUUUUAAUCCUAUGUGUUUAUGAGUAUUUUUGCUCUUUAUUAAUAUUGAGAAAUGGACUCUUUUUGUUAUUAAAAGUCACCUCUAUUUUAUUUCCGCUAUUUUCUUUGUCAUUUUUAAAGUAGGAAGAUGUCAGAGAUAUAAAUGUGUUUUCAUCUUUAGUUUUUUUCCUUUUACAAAUUUUUAUUUUUUAGGAUUUUCAAAAUACAGUUUAGUCUGUUUCUUUGACAAUAUGUAUUAAUUUCCCAAUUAGCAAAAUGGUACUUAUUAGUGGGUUGAAAACAAUUAACAACAUAAAAGAAAAAUUAAGUGCUUAGAACAUUUUAGGUGUAUAUGACUUCAAAAAAAAAAAAAAAAAGAUAGCAGUGAGGAUGAUGAUUUAAGUAAAAGGUUUUCUGAAGCCUAUGCCAACUAAUUUUCACAAUGUUUGCUACCUACCUGAAAAGGAGGGUCAGGAGGGAGACACAACAUAUAUUUGAUCAUGAAAAAGUAUCAGAUCUUAAUUUUUAAAAAGUGAAAAUGCCAUUUUAUUUUGAAUGCCUUUUAGAACUCAUGACCCAAGUUAAUCGAUAUUGAAUAAUAUCCAAAAAAUAUGGACUUAAAAAAAUCUUUAUUUUUUUAGAGACAGGGUCUUGCUCUGUUGUCCAGAUUGGAGUACAGUAGCGCAUUCGUGGCUAACUGCAGCCUCAAGUGCUGGGGCUCAAGCAAUCCUCCUGCCUCAGUCUCCUAAGUAGCUAGGACCACAGGUGCAUGCCACCAUGCCUGGAUCUAAAGAGAAAAAAAGCUUGAUACUAUAGAUCCUUGAAUAUAAAUAUCCUGAUAUUAUCCUACUGCUUUUGCUGUGAUUUUUUUCCCUUAGUGAAUUUUAAGUCUCAGGCUAGAUUUUUAUUUGUUUUUCUGUGUGUGUAUGAGACAAAAUAAAAACAAAUAUAUUUGCCUUGA